AAAAUAAUUUCAACCUGAGGUAUAAUUAUUGUGAUCGAAUUACCACCGUCUCUCGCAAACAAAAUUUACGUUUUAAUUGGGCGCAAGCCAGUCAUGGGAAAAUAAAUAGAUAAAUAAAAGUUGAUGAUAACUAUUUUUAUCGUAAAGUAAAAAGAUUAUAAUUAAAUUUGCUACUAUGAAGGAUGAUAGAAAAAGUUUGGCUAGCUCUGACGGAGGAACGGGUUUGCGUGACGAGCAAUCCGCGCCUCCUGGGAACAGCAGCGGUGGAACCAAAGAGAUAUGGGGAGCCCGCCACACGUUCGCGUUCAUGGGCUUCACGGGGUUCGCUGUGAUCUACGCCAUGCGCGUGAACCUUUCCGUCGCCAUCGUCGCGAUGGUCGCCAAGAACGUGACCACGAACACCAACGUCACCGACGAUGACCUCGCCUGCCCCUUGCCCGACGACUACGGACAGGACGAUGGCUACAGCCAGCCAGGCGAGUUUGAUUGGGACGAGAAGACCCAGGGUCUGAUCCUGGGCUCGUUCUACUACGGCUACGCGUGCACCAACCUGCUGUCGGGCAUCGCUGCUGAGCGCUUCGGGGGCAGGCUGGUGGGAGGUGUGGGCAUCUUGCUGACGUCGGUGCUGACGUUGCUCACGCCUUGGGCGGCCAGAACUUCUGAUGGUCUUUUCAUCGCUCUCAGAAUACUGGAGGGAAUGACUGAGGCAACAAGCUUCCCUUCCGCCAACUCCCUGAUCGCUGCUUGGGUGCUGCCCGAAGAAAGAUCAAAAUAUUCCGCAUUCAUCUACGCAGGAGUGCAGUUCGGCACGGUAGUGACGCUAGCAGCCAGCGGAUUCAUGUGCAACUCAUCGUUCCUGGGCGGCUGGCCUUCGGUGUUCUACGUGUUCGGCAGUCUGGGCGUCGUCUGGUCCGUGUUUUGGUUCCCUCUGGUCUACGAUAAUCCAGCGCAACAUCCCAGGAUAUCCAAACACGAGCUGGAAUACCUCAAGCCUAUUGCACAACUCAAAACUUCCACUUCAACGAAAAAAACUCCAUGGAAAUCCAUAUGGACUAGCAAGCAUGUGUGGUCGGUCAUUUUGAUGCACUUCGGCUACAACUGGGUCUUCUACACCUUACUCACAGAGCUGCCUACCUACCUGGACAGGAUCCAACACUUCAACCUCAGCAGCAACGGCCUGCUCUCCGCUUUGCCCUACGCCAUCAUGUACGUUUACAGUCUGUUCCAUAGUCUCCUCAUGGAUCACCUCACAAAAAAUCAAACGAUUAGCAUUUUGAACGUUCGCAGACUCGCUAUGGCAGUUGCGAGCUUCAUCCCGAUGCUGGCGCUGAUCGGCAUGUGCUUCGUGGGUUGCGACCGCACUCUUGCCAUCGUCAUCCUGUGCAUCGCAGUGGGCGCGUGUGGCGCUUGCUACUCAGGAUACUUGUGUUCACACGUGGACCUGGCACCCUGCUACGCGGGUACCCUCAUGGGGCUGACUAACACCUUCGCUACCAUACCAGGCUUCGUCUCUCCAGCUGUAACUGGAGCCAUUACCAACAACAAUCAAACGCUGGCAGCCUGGCAGACGGUGUUCCUGAUGUCAGCAGCAAUAACAGGAGCUACGGCAGUGAUUUACAUCCUGACGAUUAGCGCUGACAUCCAACCUUGGAACUACCAAGAAGAACUAGGCUUGGAGGAGCGCAGGAAAUCUUCGGCGAUAUAUGCUGAAAAACUGGAGCAGUUGGAGGCAACCUCGGGAGAAUCGAAACAGCGUCGACGCUCAUCUAUCCCUACAAAGUUUUGAUUUUGGUACGUUGUUAACGGACACGAGGAAAACCUACUUGAGAAGUUUAACUCAAAAUUCGGAUGAUCACCACUCGCUCCUAGCAUUAGAUACAGAACUGCGUAUCGCGUUAAAGAACUUAAAGUGAGUCGUAUUAUGCACCUCGCACUUGACAAGAGUAAAUUAUAAAAUACCAUUUUAAUUCGGAUACUUUCUGGUUAACUGCUCGACGAAGGAUUCAACGAUAAACUUAUACGAAUAACCGAAAUCAUAAAUUAUUCAUUCAAGAAUCAUAUGCCUAAUAAAUAGCUCAGCAAGAAAUCCAUGAAAACUGCACUCUCUUGUCGCGCUCCUCAAAAGAACAUAGCGAAUGAUGGAGAACGAACUUUGAGAAAAUUGCCUCAAUAGAACAAUUUUUUAGACCGGGAUGGAAAGAUAUUAAAACACACUCAUAAAACUUCGUUUUUUACUGAAAUCGUUCAGGGCAAAUAAAUUUAUGGAGAUCGGACAGGCGUCGGGUGAUCAUUUCUUGCCACUCUUCUUGAUGCCGCCAGUGACUGCAAUAAAAUUAUACAUUUUAAUCCCGUUAUUUCAAGGAUUUAUCCAUUGAUUUAGAGUGCAUUUAUUGAAUCUAAGAAUCUGAAGCAAUUACUCGUCCAUAUAUUGUUAAAACCUUAGAACCAACUUUACCAUUUUCCGAAUUUGCAAUGGUUAAGGGAUAGAACCAUUUCGUUGGGUGUUCAGAACUUGAAUUGGAAUGUUAACUCAAAAAUGUAGGUAUAAUAAGUAUACAAAAUAAAUUAAAAGUCUAUAAAUU